ACAACACAUACCAUAAGGAAGUCAACUCUGGGGCCCGGUGUCUCCUGCAGAGCUACCGAUCUUGUUGAAGUCAGCCAGAAAGAUCCCGCUGACCCGAAACAACGCCUAGUUCAGAUCAGAAAGUAUGAACAACAGGAAAUAAAAACAUCUAUUCUCCCUGGACACAUCAUUCAAGUGUGUGGGCCACCAUUGUCCGGCAAGUCAACAUUAGUUCAACAGGCUACUGAGUGCAUCGGCGAGCGAGAUAAUUUUCAUCGCAUUGAUUUCAAGUGUGAAACGGCUGCGAGUCUGAAUGAAGUGUUGGACUUGAUCGCCAUUUCACUGAACACGCAGCCCGCACCCAUCUCUUCAGUUAAUGAAGAACAGAUACUUUAUGUUCUAACCUCCACACUUCUGAAGUUUCCAAACGUCCACCAUAUUCUUGUUUUCCAUAAAUGCCACAAGCUACGAAACAAAGCUCCUGAAGCAGACAGCUUAGGAACAACGUUUUUGGGUUUUCUACGGCGAGUGAUUGACCAUUUGUCAAACAAGUUACUGCUGACGAUACUCCUGACCUCACGCAAAAGGUUUCAGUUAAAGGGACACAACACCCACACUGUUGAGAUUGGUAUGCUGAACUACUGGGACAUCACCCGCAUUCUACAAGAUUACGCCAAGAACACCAGUCUGUCACCCUACGCUAGCAUUUGCUUAAACAUGCUUCCUUUGCCUGGCGCUGUCAAACUCUUUGGAGACAAGUACCUUGCUGAUGGAGUGCGCAGGCUAGCACCGAGCUUGCUGGAGGAGAAGAUAGCCAACGAUGACCAGUUCUGGUCCGAACUAUUUAAAGAUCAACUAGACUCGGUGAAAACAUGGCUGCCAGGAAAUGUUCUUCCCAGCAUUGUACAUUUCUGUCAGUUUUUUGGCAGUUCGUUCCACAAAGACCAUUUAGAGUAUACAGUUGCCAGGAACAACAAACAAAAGUUGCAGAAGCUUAUCAGAUAUCUCCGACAGAAAUACAUCGUGUGGUCUCUACCAGGGACAGAUCGUUUAGUGGUGCAUCCUCUACUGGUCUAUUAUGUCCACAAAAGCAGCAGCCAAAAGAAACUGGUACUACGGGGACAGUGCUAUGACAAAUCGUGCAACAGAUACACCGACUUUCUGUGUCGUCUGCUAAACCGCGUGGAGACAAAGAUGGCGGAGAAGCAUGGCAAGAAGGGCCUGGUCUAUGGCUGCUUGGCGCUGGAGUGGCCCAACAUUCGGCACAUGAUAGAUAUGGCCAUCAAGUGCAACCAGAACACUUACAAACUGUUUCUUAAGGCUGCCAUCUCUGCAAGAGGGAUUAUCUUCAGAUGUUUCAACGAAGAGGCCCAUGACAUGUAUGAGGCCUUGUUUGAGUGUGCAAAAAAGUACGGCACUGUCAGCGAGCAGGGUAUGGUGGAGGCCCUCCUUGGCCACAGUAAAGCCGCUACUGUUGUACUGUCAAAAGGUGGAACCUGGCAGCAAGCUGAAGCCUGUCUUGAUUCAGCCAUUGAGAAGUUAAGACAAUAUGGACCAUCUUUUGGGUUAAUGUGGGCCAUUCAUAGAAAGGCAAUCAUUAGGACACGUCAGGGAAAAUACAGCGAAUCUCAGAGGAUGUUUAAAGACGCCAAAAGUGUCAUUGUUGUUGAAGCUGACGACAGUGAACUGAGGGAAGCAUUUGGUGUGUCAAGGCUGCAAAUAACGGAAGAGAAGAUAACUGGAGAUAUCUAUACAGCCAAUGCCAUGAUAUUUCUAGGUGAGAAUGGUAUGGCGAAAGAGAAACUGGAGGAUUGCUGUGAAUUCAUGCAGAGCGAGUUUGCAGAUCAUCCAGAACUGUCAACAGCUGUUAACUCUCUUGGACUUAUUGAAGAGAGAGGUAAUCACGACUUAGCAAAAGCACUUGAAAAGUACUUGGAGUCCUACAAAAUACGACAAGACUAUGCCAAUUUCAACAGGGAGAUCUUGGUGGUUUCAUUGAACAACAUUGGGAUGAUACUUCUGAGGCAAGGACAGCUAGCUCUGUGUAAGCAGUUUUUGAGAGAAGCCCUGAACAUCAGACGUGACCUUGGUUGGAAGCAUUCAAAUACAUCCCUCUCACUGACACACAUGGGUGUGGUCGACUUCAGAAGUGGUGACUUUGCUGCAGCUUACAGAAAUACACAGGAGGCUGAUGCGAUUCUUCAGGAAAUUAAUUCCAACCACGACACACGACUGCGCAUCAGUAACACAUUAGGUCACUUAAGCCAGCUGUUGGAAAUGGAAAGACAGCGAGGUAAGAAGGAGGCAGGAAUUCAAGUAGAGACAUCACCGCAGGGAUAUUUCAAUCGAUCUGUGGAGAUGGCAAAAAGAACUACAGGCAACCACAGUGAUGAUGGUUACCAUCAUUUAUUUCUGGCAUGUGAGCACGCAAUGUUGUUGGCUUUGGGGAAUUCAGAGGAGGACUAUAAGAGGCACAAAGACAUCAUGUUGCCCUUUUUUGAAGUACAUGAAACAAUGGGUAAAAUGAUGUUCAAUGCAAAUGAAAGGAUCCCUAAGCACAACGAUCUGCAUAAAUACUUCUCAUCCACAGAUUAUAAAGCCAUAAACAAAAGAAUCUUUGUCACCCAUCUUGUUAAAGCUUGUGAAUUUUGUCAGAUGGCUGCUCCUUUCUAUUCAGCAGAAGAAAUGUGGUGCACAGAUAAGCCUCCAAACAUAGAUGACAGUGAAGAAGAUGAGGUGACAGCAUCAGCUGUCCAAGCACAUGAGGAUGAACUGGCAUGUUCAUCUACAAACAACACUUCAGAACAAAAUGACAGAAUGCCAGAUAAUCUUGACAAUGCAGACUCAGCUAUCUCAGAUAUUUCAAACAGAGCCUGCACACCCCAAGAUGAGAGAUGGAUGCCAUCAGCUGCAGAUUUGAGUUUAGCCUAUCUGAAGUCCAAAUCUAGAGAAGACCUGGAAAAGUAUAAGUCUGCAUAUUUGAGCACUGUUUCUGAUAUUUGCAAGCAGGAGUUUGGCUUGUACACUCCAAGUGACAUCAACAGGCAGGAGCCUCAGCUGUCAACUCCAGCUGGUAACUUGAACCUUCAAUAUAAUGAACAGGUGACACCAUCUGAGAUCCUCACUAACAACAGUGUUGUUCAGUCCAGAAGACAAGACUUAAUUCCAGCAGACUUGCAGGGUGCUACACCAGAUGGUUCUCAGGUAAACAAGAACAGUAACACAGAAAACACACCUGCUGUUUAUGAGAAGACACUAGCAGAUUUCACAAGCAACAACAAACCAUCAUCCUUGGUGACAGACAGUUCUUUAAACAAUUUGCAUGAUAAUGCCAGACUUUCCAUGAUGUUUGCAACAUCUGCCUACAGUAAUGCCAACACAUUGAAGCUGGUAAAUAGCAAUGACAUAAUAGAAUAUGAUGAUGAUUAUUCUAAUUUUACUGAUGAUGAUUAUGAUGGUGAAGAUCAUGAUGAUGGAGAUGAUGUUGCAUCAGAAACUUAUGAUGUAAAUGCAUCUUACCAGCAUGUACAUGCAAUAUCUAGUGGAAAUGAAAAAGGCCAUAUUGACAGUGGUCCUUCAUAUGGCUUUCCACCAAAGAAAGAUCAGACCAGGAGUCAGCAGAGUGAUAAACUAUUGGCAUUGCAAAAUCCAGAAAUGUCACUUGAAAUCAAAGAUGCAUUAAACCAGAAUUUUGGGUUUGGCAGUCCUGUGGUGUCUCUGUUUCAACAUUCACCAGCCAAUAGAGAGUUUCACAUACAGGUGGACAACAAACAGUUCCAGGCAACGGACCAAGCCAGGCUUCAAGGAAAUAAUGUGCCAAACAUAUUAAGAAAUCAGUAA